GGCUUGUGCUGGUACACAACUUGUACAAUGAUCAACGUUAAGGUUUCAGAAGAAAAUUACCGCUAUCCGUCAAGGUCCAUAACGAGCUCGAGGGAAAGAGCACUUCAACAUGUUAACCACCACCUUUGCCAACUGGUCAUAAAUUUUAAAAGGUAAGCUACGAUAUAAUCAGCUUAAGGUCAAGGAUCCGGACCAUCAGGAAGGAAAGUCUCCGGCUUCAGUAGAAUGAAAUGCAUCCUUCAAUAAUAGAAUCAAAAUGAACACUCGAGACGUGACCAGACAGCAACACGUACAGUAAUAAGUGACUGUAAUUAUGAAAUAUGGAAGGACAAUGGAGAUUAAUACAUCGGAAACCAUUCAUUUCCACAGAGUAGUGAAAGGGAAAAAAGAACAUCCCUAGUUUGAGAGGACUAAGUCUUGGUCGGUUUUGAAUUAGUGGCAUCGAUGACAACCGGUUGGACGUUUYAUACCAUUUAACAGCCUUUUUUUCGAUUAUGAUACCUUCUUGGUUUCCUGUUCUGAGGGGAUGUUGUUGGCAAGGUGCUCAAGAAAGUGGGAAAUGUUUGAGAGAUUUUAUCUCAACACAUUGGAAAUGAUACAUCAGGUUCAGUGGACAGAGAGCUAUCCGUUUUCAAACCGCAGGUAUUUGAGCGUAUUAAGGAUAGGCCAAUUAAAGGCCAAGCAUACGAACAAUAGGUAACUGGCGAGCUAUCAUCACUAGUAUAAGAGUACGCGGGACAAGUGUCUACCAACACCUAAUAACUGGUGCCAAAGAUCCGACAAAACGAAAGACCAAGUGUUAAGACACUUCAAAGGGUGUGAACAUUGUCUCUUAGGUUUACAACAGCGCUAGAAAGAGCACUAGACCAGUAGUCACUUGGUUCAGUGUGCGGACAGCAUGUCAGUUAUUGUAAAACACGGCUCUGCUUUUACCCCAGUGGAACCAGGGCCUAAGAGUACAUCGUUCAGUCACCCCUUUUCAAUCAAAAAUCUCCUCAACUUGGACGAGAGUUCAAACGAUAAUUUAAGCAGGGAAUUACCUAGUAUUAGGACCCCUGACCAGCCGUCAGAUCGUAGCAGCGUCAUCAUCCCUCCACCUCUCUCGCAGAACUUACCAGGAUCAACACGGAUGUGUUAUGAAGAUCCUGGUGCACAAAUCCCGCCUUGGAUUUACGCUACUCGAUACUGUAGACAAGGGAUUCCUUCGGGGACUUUUAUCAACGUCCGAAGGCCACGGAAACCACUAAAGAAACACAAGCAACGCCCUCUGUUCUCCCAAAAACAAAUCCAACGACUAGAAGAAGAAUUUUCCAACGAGAAAUACAUCUCAAAAUCGCGGCGGUCGACUCUAGCAGCUGAAAUAAAUCUGACCGACGCUCAAGUUCGGACUUGGUUCCAAAACAGACGAACAAGAUGGCGUAAAGAGGUGCAUGGUGAAGACGAAAUUUGUCUUUCUGAUAUACGAAACCCGUGGCAGGUUCCUAAAUGCAAUGAUGACAUCAACACAAGCUAUGCCAGAAAUUGCCUUAUUGUGAGAGGAUACUGUUGCUCUUAAAUCACGCAUUCGAUAUCAGACGUCUGUCCAAUCUUUUCUGAAAAAAAAACUAUUUCAAACUGAAUCAUUGCUGCCAAGAACAUAUGUAGCCAGGCAGUAUGAAAAGUAUAUGGAAAAGGUACUGAAAAGCUUUUUACAAAACAAACGUUUUACGCAUUGAAAAAGCAUAUAUUCUCUCGUUGUAGCGCUUUCCCGCCAAUUUAACGAGCAUGCGCAAUAAGAUUUCAUAGCGCUGUACAGUUUCAUUCUGCGCAGCACCGCGCGAUCGAGUUGAAAUAUAUAGAUUUGUGGAAAAAACCUUAUAUAACUAGACUAUAUCUUGCUCAUAUGUUUUGACUGGGGUUCAACAAAUUGUAACAAUAUAAGAAUAAAUUUAUCAUAAAUUUAUUAUCAAAGUCAAUAUCAUACGAAACGUCCUCGACUAAAGGCAUCGGCUUAAUUCUAGUAGUCGUUCUGACCAAACUUCUAAUUCUUAGUCGACAAAUACUUAUAACCAUUCCGAGAUUGAGAAAAAAAUUGGGUAGAUUUUGCAUUGCAUUGUGGGCCCGUCAAGUUCCUUAAAUUUGGGUGCGCACGCAAUCUUGAGAAAACGGUCUAUUAAUAGUAACGGUAAGCACAUAUCCUCAAAAAGAUUUUUUCUAAAAUGGCUUUGCAUGUACACAUAAAACAAGCGGAUAUAACUAUUUAAUUUUACCAUGUAUGACAAAAAACAUCUAACAUGGAUUAUAAAAUAACUGUUAUAAA